GCGGCGGCUCAUGCUGCCCACCGUGGGCUAAGGCGGCCGCAGACGGGCGGCAGGCGCGGCGGCCGGGCAAGCCGAGGGCGCAGCCAAGCCGCGCGCACAGCGGCCGGGGCUCCGCGCAAUGGGCCGAGCUGGAGGCGGGGGCCCGAGCCGGGGGCCGCCGCCAGCGCUGCUGCUUCUGGGGGCCACGCUGGUCCUCACCGCUGGGGCCGUGCCGGCACGCGAAGCAGGCAGCGCAAUCGAGGCUGAAGAGCUGGUGAGGAGCGGCCUUGCAUGGAAGCCGCGUGCCAAUGACACGCGGGAGGAAGCCGGCCUGGCCGCAGCUGGGGAAGAUGAGACCUCGUGGACAGCACCCGGCAGUGAGCUGGCUGCGGUGGGCCCUGGGGUCGGGCCAGAGGAGGCACUGGAGGCAUCGGCUGCGGUGACUGGCACUGCCUGGCUGGAGGCAGAUAGCCCAGGCCUGGGUGGAGUGACUGCAGAGGCUGGCAGUGGUGACGCCCAGACCCUCCCAGCUACGCUCCAGGCUCCUGAUGAGGCCCUUGGGUCGUCUACAGUGCCCCCUGCCAUUCCUGAGGCUACUGAAGCCAGUGGACCUCCCUCCCCAACUACCCACGAUAAGCCUAGCCCAGGCUCUGAACUCCCUAAGGAGAGCCCCUUGGAGGUUUGGCUGAACCUGGGAGGCAGCACACCUGACCCUCAAGGGCCAGAGCCCACUUAUCCCCUUCAAGGCACUCUAGAAACCCAACCAGCCUCAGAUAUAAUUGACAUCGACUACUUUGAAGGAUUGGAUAGUGAGGGUCGUGGUGCAGACAUGGGCAGCUUCCCAGGGUCACCAGGAGCCUCAGAGAAUCACCCUGAUACUGAAGGAGAGACCCCUUCCUGGAGCCUGCUUGACUUAUAUGAUGACUUCACCCCCUUUGAUGAGUCUGAUUUCUACCCUACCACCUCCUUCUAUGAUGAUUUGGAAGAGGAGGAAGAGGAAGAGGAGGAUGAUAAGGAUGCAGUGGGAGGUGGAGACCUGGAAGAUGAAAAUGACCUUCUCCUGCCCUCUCAAAAGCCUGGUGUGGGCCCUGGAACAGGACAGCCCACCAGUCGGUGGCAUGCUGUUCCUCCCCAGCAUGCUCUGGGCAUGGUCCCUGGCAGCAGCAUCUCUCUCAGGCCCCGCCCAGGAGAUCCGGGCAGGGACCUGGCCUCAGCUGGAAAUGGCACAGAGUGCCGACUUGGCUUUGUCAGGCACAAUGGCUCCUGCCGGUCAGUGUGUGACCUCUUCCCAAGUUACUGUCACAAUGGCGGCCAGUGCUACCUGGUGGAGAACAUAGGGGCGUUCUGCAGGUGUAACACCCAGGACUACAUCUGGCACAAGGGCAUGCGCUGUGAGUCCAUCAUCACCGACUUCCAGGUGAUGUGCGUGGCCAUUGGCUCGGCUGCUCUUGUACUGCUCCUGCUGUUCAUGAUGACUGUCUUCUUUGCCAAGAAGCUCUAUCUGCUCAAGACUGAGAAUACCAAGCUGCGGAGGACCAACAAAUUCCGGACCCCAUCUGAACUCCACAACGAUAACUUCUCCCUCUCCACCAUUGCCGAGGGCUCUCAUCCAAAUGUAAGGAAACUUUGCGACACUCCCUGUGUCUCCUCCCCCCAUGCCCGUGCCUUGGCUCACUAUGAUAACAUUGUCUGUCAGGAUGACCCCAGCGCUCCCCACAAAAUCCAGGAAGCUCUCAAGUCCUGCCUGAAGGAGGAAGAGCCCUUCAACAUCCAGAACUCCAUGUCCCCCAAACUUGAGGGUGGCAAAGGGGACCAAGAGGACUUGGAGGUGAACUGUCUCCGGAAUAACCUAACCUGAAACAGCGAGAAGAGAGGAAAGGGGGAGGGGGAGGGAAGGACCGGUGUCUCCUCUUGUACACAGUUGGCUUCUCGUAACCAUUAGUUAAGCUUUUCUUUUUCUGAUCUCAUGGCAUGCUCUGAUAUGUUUUGUAGGAGGGGAAAACACUUAAAAUAAGCAAAGAAACUGAGCAGGAUUGCAUAUAUUGGAUCGUUUUGUCUGCUGUCUGUACAUUGCUUCUGCAGCUGUGAUUUCUAAACCUCUGCUGUUAUUCAACUGACUUUUUUUUUUGUACUUUGACCCACCUUUUUUUGGAAUACCAGUUAAAAAACAAGGUUCUUGAAAUAAAACUUUUUAAAAAGCUG